AUGACGGACGUCUACAGCUGGGGCGACAGUGAUCCCUUUGAGGAGGACGACUCGUGGAUGAGCGAACCGGAGUCAGUCUGCAACAAUUGGCGAGGCUGGAAGAAGGCGCCCAGCGGUGGCUCACCUGCUGGUGCUGCUGGCACUAGCUCCGGCGGCGCUAUCGUCAACUCGCCGGCGAACGGCGCCGCGUCCGGCAGCGCCGUCUCCUCGCUUACCGAGCUUUCCUCGCGCGUCGUCGCCACCUACAUCCCCUUUGAAGUGGUGCAGCGCUACCAGCCGCCGGUGCCCGAGCAGCUGCAGCUGCGAAUCGCCUUCUGGAGCUUCCCCGACAACGAGGAGGACAUUCGCCUGUACAGCUGCCUCGCCAAUGGCAGCGCCGAUGAGUUCCAGAAGGGCGAGAACUUCUACCGCAGUCGAACUGUGCAGAAUCUCCUGCAGAUUGGCUUUCACCUGAGCGCAACCGUCGUCACCUCCCAAACCCUCAAACCUUGCACUGUGGCGGUGGCUUUCGAUCGCGGUCGCAUUACCUCCUGCAGCUGCACCUGUGUCUGCUCCUCCUCCUGGUGCUCGCAUGUCGUCGCCGUCUGCCUGCACCGGAUCUUUCAGCCCACCACCGUCAGCCUGCGAGCGCCCAUCACCGAGUCUCUCUCCCGACUGAACCAGACGCAGCUGCAGAAGUUCGCCCAGUACCUCAUAAACGAAUUUCCGCAGCAGAUUCUGCCCACGGCGCAGCGCCUGCUGGACGAGCUGCUCAACCUGGACAGCGCCAUCAACAGCGUCUGGGGGGCGCCGGACCCGACGGCGGGCGCGCUCAUCCACGACCAGACAAAGUGGUGCCUGGACGAGCACCAGUUGCACGACAACAUUCGCAAGAUUCUCAUCAAGCUGUGCAUCCCCUCGCCGAUGGUCUACAGCGACGUGAACUACCUCAGCUCGACGCAGCCGCCGGCGGCCAGCGAGUGGACCAGCCUGCUGCGACCACUGCGCGGCCGCGAGCCGGAAGGCCUCUGGAACCUGCUCUCAAUCGUCCGGGAGAUGCUCCGCCGACAUGACCGCAACUACAUACCACUGCUAAAAAUACUCACCGAGGAGAUACUGGCUUGCGGGCCCAUUCUCCUCUGGUGGUUCAACACCAACGUCAGUCUCCACCGGGGAUAUCAUGGAAACAACAACAACAAUCGCAGCAGUAUUCACUCAAACAAUCACACCAGUCAGCACGCCUGCAGCUCGCUCUGUGAUGAGAUUGUCGUCCUCUGGCGACUGGUGACGCUCAAUCCGGCGCUGUCUGCCCAGGACACGGCGUUUCUCUUUGAGCAGCUUCGCGAGUACCACCUGCAGACAUUGGAAAUGGUGAUCAGCGCCAGCAACUCGGGAGUGUCCGGCGCAAGACAUCAGAAUGGAAGUCAUCAUCAGCAGCAGCAGCAGCAAAACGGGUCUAUCGUCAAGACGGCUGACAUUGAGAUUUUUGGCGGAUUUAAGCCGGCGAUGAUCAGCUGUCUCAUCGACUGGACGACGUACCCGAUUUCGGGCGUCACUAACGCUCAUCGGAAUCCGUACUGCCCAAGCAUUAAUGCCGCCAGCACGAACACCAGCUCGGUAAACCAUGCCAUCAGUGGCACUGUGAAGAUGACGCCGUGGUCGUCCAAGCUGACGGCGGGGGCCGCUGGAAGUGGCUCAUUCAGUAAGCAGUCAUCCACGGAGAGCAGCGCCAAUGGAGGCGGCGAAGAGGAGGGCUCUGGCACGGGAGCAGAAAUUGUGAAUCGACGACUGAAUGACUCGGAGGACUCGGGAAACAACGACAACUGGGACCGAGUCAGCUCGGCAAGUGGAGGCAGUGAUGAAGUGCUCAAUCGCGCGAGGCCCAGGGCAGAAGGAAGCAUUCCCAUUGCUCAGGCAGAUGCAGCAGCUGCUGCUGCCGUUGCAGGACCCAGUAAUGCCGACGCCGACUAUCAGAUUUACGUGUACAGUACUGCCGGGCAGAAUGUGAAGAGCGCACUGUCGGGCAGUGGUCGAGGUGGCGGUGGCGACUCGAUGAAGAACUACGAUCCAGAGCUGCUGGCCGCCGCCACGGUCAAGCCGAUUGAGGACUCAUUUGAGAUUCUCUUCUCCCGGGCAGAGGCCCUCUACGCGCACGGAUACGUGAAAGAGGCCUGUCAGCUGUCGGUUCGACUCGCCGAGGAGCUGCUCAAUCGACCGCCGGUGCUGACGCUGGAGAACGGCGGCGCCCCUCGAAACCGCUUCAACCCGGCCCUGCACCAGAUCUCCCUGCUCGCCUCUGCCACCCUCUCCAAGGCGGCCUUCCUCUGCUCGGUGCUCAGUGAACACGAGGACUCCCACCUGCUGGCCUUCUACGUGGGCCUGCUCGGCCUGGAGCUCGUCCGACCGCCGGCCUCCACGAAGGCGCUGGAGGUGAAGCUGGCCAACCAGGAGCAGGAGCUGGUCAACUCGCUGAAGCGCAUUCCGCUGUGCACGCGCGCCCUGGCGGUGCUCAGGGAGAAGGGCGAACAGCUGAGAGAUGGCCGGCUGACGAGCAGGGGCGAGGCGCUGUUGCCGCUCAUUCUUGCCGGCUACAUCUUCGACGCGCUGGUCCUCUCCACCGGCCAGGGACCGGUGUCGGCUGCUUACGAGCUGAGCACUGUGCACACUUCCUUUCUGCCGACGGCUAUUCGCCUGCCCACUGACGAGCGACUGGCCUUUGAGGCCUCGGUGGCGGCCAUCGGCCUGAAGGCGAACGUCAGCGAGGCGGACCAUCCGCUGCUGUGUGAGGGCACAAGGCGGCAGCGAGGCGACCUCGCACUGACGCUGCUCGUCUACUACAAGGACAGCAAAGACCGCCUCAAUAAGAUCAUGGACAAGCUGCUCGACAAGGAGAUUCAUAUGAUCAACCGAAGGUCACAGUCAAACAGUGGAGGCGGUGGUGGUGGAGGUAGCAGUUUCUCCAACCACAACCACAACAACAACUACAUGCUCAAUGAGGUGGCAAACACGCUGACCAAACUUCCGUCGACGCAGUACCACAGCGGAGGAGAGGUGCUGUCUUCGCACAGCAGUCCAUCGAGAAGUGUUCAGCAGUGUCCGAACUAUCAGGCACUAGAGACCAAUGCACUUGCUGCUGCUGCUUCCACAUCAGAGGCUGCUCAACAACAACAACAACAGCAGCAAGCAACAGCUUCUACUUCUACCAGCAACUGGGACGAGGGAAUCAAAAGUUGGGAUGCCAAGUUUAGACGUCUGAGUCUGAAUGAAGGAAGCACCGCCUCUACAUCUCAGCCGGUGAAUGUGGUCAGCUCAGCAGUGAAUGGCAGCUCAAAAGUGGCGCCCAACACUGACCAUUCGUCAACAGCUGCAACCGGCACUGCGACCAGCUCCAGCGUGGACAGCAGCAGUCCUCCGGAGACGGCCAGUUCGGACAACUCUCCUACAGUGAGUCGACGAAGUCUCUUCCAGGCAUCGUCAUCCUCUAAGCAACAACAGUCGGCCAGCGACAGCAGCAGCAGUGGUGAGAGCAGUGACUCCUUCAGCUCCAGCUCCUCUACGGAGAAGAAGUGCUCACCUAUUCAUCGAUCAAACCUGGUCGCUGGAUCUUCGAGCUCCUCCACACCUCACCACCACCUGUCACCGCAUCACAGCAUCAGCAGCAGCAGUGUUGGUAGUGGACUUCUCCAGGGAGCCGCGUCCACUUCAGCGGAGAUGACCUACAGUGACCACCACCUCUCUGGGACGCCUCCUACUAUCGUUGACUUGACCAAUGGUCAGUCGAGAGGGUCCACCUUUGAGUCCUUUAACGCCGCGUACAUGGCUCCUAAUGGCUGGAAUGGUACUCCUGCCGCGACGGUGACCAACUCUCCGGCGCCGACGGCGAAUUCCUGUGGAAACAGCUACUCUCGACAGAGCAUGUCCACUGGAAGUUUGGUGGGUGGGGCAAUGCCAAAGAACAACAACAACAGCGGCAGCACCUACCUCCAGGGAAGCAGUCACAUCAGCCACCUGAAGCCGCACAUGCGGUACAAGGGCAAGCGAGGACACUAUCCGAUCAUACCGAACCAGCCCUCGGAAGCGUCGGCUCACUUUAUGUUCGAACUGGCGAAGACGGUGCUCGCCAAAGCCGGCGGCAACAACACCUCGGUCCUCUUCACGCAGCCGCCCUCUAGCAGCAACGGCCGUGCUCACCGCAACCUUCACAUGUGCGCCUUUCAGAUUGGCCUCUACGCGCUGGGGCUGCACAAUGCCGUCUCGCCCAACUGGCUCUCCCGCACCUACAGCAGCCAGGUGUCGUGGAUCACGGCGCAGGCAAUGGAGAUUGGCCACCAGGCCAUUGCCUUUCUCAUUGACACCUGGGAGGGACACUUUACGCCCAAUGAGGUGGCCUCACUCGCCGACCGGGCCUCCCGGGGCCAGGAGCAGUCGAUGGUGAGCGCCGCGGCGCAGCUGGCGCUCAGCUGUCUGCCGCACUCGCACGCCCUCACGCCCAGUGAAAUUCAACGCGCCCUCAUUCAGUGCAAGGAGCAGUCGACGGAGAUGCUGGAGCGGGCGUGUCUGGCCGUGGAGUCGGCCGCUCAGGGUGGCGGAGUCAACCCUGAUGUUCUCUUUCACGUCGCCCACAAGUGGCAUGAGCUGUACGACCAGGAGGCCAUCAAGGCGAGACAUCAGGGCAGAUUUGAGGGCGGACCAAUGUCGGGCGGGGCUGCCGUGCCCUACCUUACCGGCGGACACCUUCAUCACGGCGGAGCGCACCACAAUGGGGGAAUGGUGCACCAUCCAUCGGUGACGGUGCACGCAGUGCCGGCUCCGACGAGCACUAGCUCCUUCAGUCACUGCAACCUGACACCACGACAGCUCAGCUACCUGCACUCGGUGUACCGGGUGGGCAUGCUGGCGAUGGAGACGCUGGCCAGACGGGUCAAUGACGAUCGACCGCAGACGAAGUACGCAAAGAAUCCAACGUACUGCGAGGACGUCAAGUGGCUGCUGGUGGUGGCAAAGAAGUUGGGCACUUCAUUUGUGCAAGACUUUUGUGCCUACUCCGCCAAUGCCAUUGGAAGUCCUUUUGUUCUGCUGGAGAUUAUCAAUGAGGUGUAUGCUUCAUUUGAGCAUUCGACUCAGUCUGGACCGAAUGGCUCUAGUUCUCUGCAGCCGUACAUGGCGUCUAUCCGCUCGCAUAUGCUGAAUCAGCUCAUCCAAAAGUGUCGACAGCUUCACAGUUCGGGCUACGACCCCGGCUACUAUAAGGGCAAUCGACCCUACGGCGGGGGAAGCUAUGGCAGCUAUGACCCUUCCUACCACUCGCCACAGCAGCAGCAGCAGUACAGUAGUGGUUAUGACUACGUCCCACCGCCGCCACCACCACCGUCGUACAGUCAGUCGUACACUCCGUAUCGAAAGUACUACAAACAGUACCUUCCCGGGCCGCAGUUCUGCCCAGAGACGGGGCGGACAGUGUGCAGCAAGGUGGCACCCUUCUACCCUAUCGACGAGGUCUUCUCGGUGGUGAAGAUGGCCCGUGCAAAGCGCUUCAACAUUAGCAGUGAGUUUGUCGAUGAAAGUGAAAACGAUCCAGAGCCGAACCUGUCCGAGGAGCCUUGGCCAGAGCCGGAGCCCUUUCUGCAGCACUCCCUGGGAGGACACUCUUUUGGUGGUGGUUUCAACGUUCCGCAACAGCCCAUUGCGCACUUCCACAACUUUGACUACAAACCGUACUACGGCGAAAAGUACCGCGCCACCGUUCCGCCGUAUCACCACCAGCAGCGAUCCAUCUACGCGAAUAGCUACUCGGGUCCGCAUGAGCUUGGGGCGUAUGCCUCCGCCUCUGCAGUGGCCGUCUCGCACAGUCGGUACAAGCGACAGGCAGGAGGAAGGGCCACCGAGUUGCCCAUUGAGCCAGUCUGCCCCAGUCGAAUGAUACUGAUCGAGCCAAAAGCGGCUCUUAACGACAAACGCCAGUGGAAGUUUGUGGUCAAUCUAAGCGAGAGAGAUCCUCGAUUGAAGCAGGCUAUUAAAGUUGAGGUUUGCAC